ACACACACAUAUAUUUUUUAAAGUUUUAAAGCUUUUAAAGCAAAAGCCAGCCCCUCCCUUCUCCCAGAGUGGGUGGCCUCUCCCCGUCUUAGACUGGGUGGGGACAGCGGUUGCGUGGGCAGAUUACCUUGUGAGCCACAGGUCCCUCUGGCCAUGCUGCUGUCUGGCCACACCCCCUUUCCCUUUCAUCUUUCUCAUUGACCAAUGGGCUUGGAGCAUUAAGGCCACACCCCUAUUCCGCAUUCUACUGGGGCCCUGGUUACGCCUCCUCUGGCUCAGUCGCACAGCAACCUGGUUGGUGACUGGAGGUGUUGAUCAGUGCUCGCUGGGAUUUUGCUGAUGUGGCCCCAACCCCGCCUCCCUCCCUACCCUGCCAUGGCAGGAGAAAUUCGAGAGAGCAAAUUGGCAGCAGCCAAGAAAAAGUUAAAAGAAUACUGGCACAGAAACAGCCCUGGUGGUCCAGCAGGAGCGAAGAAGAACGGGAAAACAAAUGGCAGUGUCCCUGAGACAGCCACUUCUGGUGGUUGUCACUCACCUGGGGAUUCAGCAACGGGUAUCCUCGGAGACAGCCCUAUAUCAUUUGCUCCCCUGAAGGAACUGGAGGUAAGAGGCUCUGGGCAGAGGUGCAGUGACCCUGCAGGCCGAUCCUCCAACCUCCUCCCACAGCAGGGACUGGGGAUAGUAUACAUAAAACAUGUCUGCAACAGUUCAAAAACACUCGGGAGAGAGCAACAAGGUGGCUGGGAGAUACUUCCCUUCUGUACUUUCUGA